UCCCUUCUCAUCCAUCAUCAUCAUCUCCCCACACGCCAUGGCAGCCGCCGGUUUGGCCACCUCCUUCCUGGCUCCGGCGAUCGCCGGCGUACUCCUCCUCCUCCUCACCCUGACCUCGCUUCCGACUCCUUCGGUGGCUGCCCGCGCCUUCUUCGUCUUCGGCGACUCCCUAGUCGACAACGGCAACAACAACUACCUCGCCACCACCGCGCGCGCCGACCAGCCCCCAUACGGCAUCGACACGCCGAGCCACCGCGCCACCGGCCGCUUCUCCAACGGCAAGAACGUCCCUGACAUAGUCAGCGAGUACAUUGGAUCAGAGUCCACGCUGCCGUACUUGAGCCCUGAGCUCCAAGGUGAGCGGCUCUUGAUCGGUGCAAACUUUGCGUCUGCCGGCGUUGGGAUCCUCAACGACACCGGAAUCCAAUUUGCGAACAUCAUCAGGAUCACGAAGCAGCUGCAUUACUUCGAGCAGUACCAGCAGCGGCUGAGCUCGGUGGUGGGGCCGGAGGCGGCGGGGCAGCUGGUGAACGAGGCGCUGGUGCUGAUCACCCUCGGCGGCAACGACUUCGUCAACAACUACUACCUCGUGCCCUUCUCCCUCCGCUCCCGCCAGUUCUCCCUCCCCGACUACGUCCGCUACCUCAUCUCCGAGUACAAGAAGGUCCUCAUGAGGCUGUAUGAGCUGGGGUCGAGGCGGGUGAUGGUGACGGGGGUGGGGCCGCUGGGGUGCGUGCCGGCGGAGCUGGCGCUGAGGAGCAGGAAUGGCCAGUGCGACCCGGAGCUGGAUCGAGUUGCGGACAUGUACAACCCGCAGUUGAUCGCAAUGUUGGGGGACCUCAACGCGCAGGUCGGCGCCGACGUCUUCGUCGCCGUCAACGCCUACAAGAUGAACAUGGACUUCAUAACCAACCCUCAGGCUUUCGGUUUCGUCACAUCAAAGAUAGCUUGUUGCGGCCAAGGACCCUACAAUGGAAUCGGACUUUGCACUCUCUUGUCAAACCUAUGUCCGAACCGAGACAUCUACGCCUUUUGGGAUGCAUUCCACCCGAGCGAACGAGCAAAUCGCAUCAUUGUGAGCCAAUUCAUGACCGGAAGUGAGGAGUACAUGAGCCCUAUGAACUUGAGUUCCAUCCUUGCUAUGGACACUCGCACUUGACUUGAUCAUCUCGAUCGAUAGGUCAAGAUCAUCAGUUUCGAUUUGGUUAGCUCGAGUAAUUAGUAAUAAGGUUGAAUAAUAUAGCUACUUGUUUAUGAGUAUAGUUUUGGAGAUUACAAGAGAGGAUUAGUUGUGAGUGAUGGACCUUAAUGGAAUUAGGUCAAUUUGGAUGUGCUUGUGGCAACUUGGUUAUCGUGGUGUGUUGGUUUCAAUGAGGAAUAAGGAUGUCAUUAAUGGUUUAUUUAUCCUAAA